CGGUAGUGGGGAUUUUGACGCAUGUCCGUCGCAUAUUGCAAUGAAAAUGGCGUCCUGUUGUCAGGAUCGGUUUCGAGAAAAUUUAAACUCUUAAAAAACUUCAUGACCUAUGCCUCAUCAAGUAAAAUGAAUAACAAAGAAUAAAUCUAAAGAAUCUGUAGUAGAAAGCGAACCGAAUAUUUUCGCACUGAGCCAUCCGCAAGCCUUUGAAUCGUCUCUCGAACGAGCUCUGAGGAUGCCUCUGAAGUCUGUUUAGUGCAAGUGCAGUGUUUUGUGGUGUAACCCCCCGGAUGCAAGACGGAUAACUACAGGAGGAUCAGGGCCGACAGCACCAUAUAUGAUGUGCUGGAGCCAUAGGUUGGGGUCGUAAAAUGGAAAAAAACCGACAUGGCCGACAUAAAGAUAAGUCGAGAAAGUCGAAAAAGCGCAAAAACCAUCGUGAGGCCAACGGCGCCUCGUCCACGUCUCUAGCCGCUUCCAAGCCCCUGGUCGAGUACUCGGAUGUGAGCUCGGAGGACCUCUCAGGGCCCGAAGCCGGUGAAAUCCAGAGCGGAGAAGAGAGUCUCAGCCUGAGUGAUGACGGCGAAAUAAUGCACAGGAGCAGCCGCAGAUACACUCGCAUUGAAGAAGAGUAUUACCUCGCUAGAGAGUCGCAACUCGUCAUUGGACACUCUCCAGGCCGCAGACAUAGACUUGACCCGUCUAUGAUCCCCCGUUCCCCUUCCCCUCUGAUGGUAACACACCGCGAACGCAAACCAUCAGUCUCAUCCAGAUCGUCCCGAUCGAGCGAAAUUCGCCACCGACGAAAAACCGACGGUUCACCGUCCGACUAUCGUCAAGUAGCUGUUUCGCCGUCUUACACCGACGAUUAUGAUUCACUAGACCGAAAAAAGCGAAAAAAGAAAGACAAAAAACACAAAAAAGAAAAGAAGAAUAAGAAAAAGAAGAAACGAAGUAAACACCAUUCGAGAAGUACAAGUCUUGAUAGUCUCGAUUCCGAUUCGGAGGAAACUCCACCAAAAAAACCAGAAGGCGAGAAAGAAGUUCUUUCUGAUUGGGAGACUUCAUCUGUUAAAAAUCCGGCCCCCAUUAUCGAUAAAAUCGAUACUAGUGCUUGUUCACCGGUAUCGAACGAUAGUCAUAUCGCAUCACCUGAACCCCCAGAAGUUGAACGCUCCCCAAGUCCCGGGGCUGUAACACCGCCCCCGAGACCACACAAUCUACCCCCGAGAGAAUCACCACAUACUCCUCCUUUGAUACCCACAAGGGUGAACAAUUCGAUAGACGACUACGAAAGACAUAAAUCCUACACCACUUCACCGAUAGUUAUUGAUGAUUAUAACCAAAGUCAUUCAGUGAAAUCGCCUUUUAGAAAUCCGAGUCCAGAGCUAAGUAUGCAUCAUUCGCACAGUUCGAGACGACGUUUGGAGAGGAGCUCCAGUCAUCGGAAACAUCGCAGGGAAAAGGAGAAAUUGAGGGACAAGAGGAGGUUGUCGAGGAGUCGCAGCCCCAUCAGCAGGAGGCGCUCCAGGUCCUCCAGCUGGAGCAGGAGGCACCACAGCCCCUCGCCCACCAGGAGCAAAUUAAAGAAGUAUAAGUCGCGGAGUCCCAGGAGGGACCGCGAAAGGACGCCCUCAAGAAGCCGCGACAAGAACCGCAGCCCGAGCCCGCACUCCAUCAAGUCCUCACAACUAAAGAACAAGAUCACCGACACUAGUCUAUUCGCCGAGUUGGUGAAAGAUCGCCACAAACGCGAACUCGAACUGAAAAAAAUCGAAAACUUGCUCGAAAACAAAACCGAUAAACCCGAGUCAGACGCGAAACCCGAAGCAACCGUUACGAAACCAUCGAGUGACGAGGUUGAUGCAUGCGCUGACAAAACCAACUCCAUUCCAAUUCCCAUGGAUAUUGACGAUAUUCCAAUUCCGGAACAAAAUCCGGUGAAAUUAAACGAAAUUGCAUUACCGGACGCGGCACCGCUGCCAAAUGACAAACCGGAACAACCACCAACGCCACCGCUGCCAAACAGUGCGCCGCCAAAACCACUAGAGAAUAAAACACAACCGCCGCCACCACCAGCGCCGCCUAAGAAAGAAGUGGGGAAGAAACAAAAAAUAACCAAGUUACCGAUGCCGCCUGGAUUGAAUCAGAACGAGUUGGAGAUGAUUGAGUCGCCUCCGAGUCGGUCGCCGACGCCGCCACCGCCGGUGGUGGUCAAGCCCAAGACGCCGCCACCGAAAAAGGGAAUCAUGAAUCUGCCCAUGCCGCCAGUUAUCCCGGGGACGGAAGAACUGAGCGGUGACGACGACGUCACGAACACUCCCCCACGUAUAACGAACAACAGAGUGGGUGAAAAGUCGAAAAUAACGCCAAAACCACGUCUCAAACGGCCGAAAAUUUUAAAACGGCGCGGUUCGAGAAAUUUCCAAGCCGUCAGUGGCAAAGACUGGGGCGAAAGAUGCGUCGAUAUGUUCGAAGUAAUUGCUCAGAUAGGUGAAGGGACUUAUGGUCAAGUAUACAAAGCGAAAGAUGUUACCGCUGGUGAAUUAGUUGCCUUGAAAAAAGUCCGUUUGGAAAAUGAGAAAGAAGGCUUCCCCAUAACGGCAGUUCGCGAAAUCAAAAUUUUGAGGCAAUUGAAUCAUAAAAAUAUCGUUAAUUUGAGAGAAAUCGUGACGGAUAAACAGGACGCUGUUGACUUUAGGAAGGAUAAAGGAUCGUUUUAUUUAGUCUUUGAGUAUAUGGACCAUGAUCUGAUGGGGCUGCUGGAGUCGGGAAUGGUCGAUUUUAACGAAAUGAACAACGCCUGCAUUAUGAAGCAGUUGCUGGAUGGGCUGAACUACUGUCACAAGAAGAAUUUUCUGCAUAGGGACAUUAAGUGUAGUAACAUUUUAAUGAAUAACAGAGGCGAGGUGAAGCUGGCGGACUUCGGUCUGGCGCGCCUUUACAACGCCGAAGACAGACAGAGGCCUUACACGAACAAAGUGAUAACCCUAUGGUACCGCCCCCCUGAGCUGCUCCUGGGGGAGGAAAGAUACGGUCCUGCAAUCGACGUGUGGAGUUGCGGUUGCAUUUUAGGCGAACUUUUCCUGAAAAAACCGCUCUUCCAGGCAAACGCCGAAAUGAUGCAACUCGAGAUGAUUUCGCGCGUCUGUGGCACUCCGACUCCGGCCGUUUGGCCCUCGGUUAUCAAGCUGCCGCUUUUCCACACUUUGAAGCCGAAAAAACUGCACCGGAGGCGUUUGCGCGAAGAUUUCAUGUUUAUGCCGCAAACGGCGUUGGAUUUGUUGGAUAAAAUGUUGGAUUUGGAUCCGGAGAAGAGGAUAUCGGCGGAGGAUGCACUUAAAUCGCCCUGGUUGAAGAACAUAAACCCGGAACAGAUUUGUGCACCGGAAUUGCCCACGUGGCAAGACUGUCAUGAAUUGUGGAGUAAAAAGAGGAAACGACAAAUGCGCGAACAGCAAGAAUCCGUUCAGAAUUUACCGCCGGGAAAACCGAUCGUUUUAAGGGACAAAAAACCGGAAGAUACGUCCGAAGUCGGGGGUUCGUCAAAAGUGCUAAAAAUGGAGGCUUACGACGCGGCUGUGCUCUCGUACGCGCUCGCGACCGCGGCCACGAAAAUCAAGCCCGGCCUGCUGGGGAUAGCCCCCAUGUUGCCCCCGAGAAUCCCCGACGGCGAGUCGCUCACGCCCCCCACGCGUCACCAGGAAACGGACGAGAACCGCAACUAUCUCUACCAGCUUCUCUGCACCGUUGAGCAGCAAAUCGUCAACAAAACUGCGGUACAGUUGCCCCAACUGAUGGAAAUUUGCGCAACGAAGCAGGCACAGGUGGAUCAACAGACCAUCGCGUACUUGGAGACACUCCAAACCGAGUUGCGACAAAUUUGCAAAAACAACCCCUCAGCCACGCAUUUACUGCAACUGCGAAUCGAGGAUGAGGGGGAACACAGUCCGGGAGUGUCCUUAAAUACCGACAUCGUCGUGAAAAGUUUGACCGAAUUGAUGAAACAUUUCGGGCUGGUUUUGGGGCCCAAUGUUUUAAAGAAGAUUUUGUAAGCCUUAAUUUUGUAAAAAUUUUAUAUUUUGCCAGUUUCGUUCACGAACCUCAUGUAUGUGGCAAAAAUAUUACAUAUUUUAGCAGAUACUGUCAAAUUGUACAUUUAUCGAUGAGUAAAUGACUAUUACCUGA